AUGACACGAUACAUUUUAGGUGGUGUAAUAGGGUCUGGAACAUACGGUGAAGUGUACGAGGCAAUCGACACAGAAACAAAAGAAAAAGUUGCUUUGAAAAGAAUAAAACUCAAUGAGAAGGAGGGAAUGCCAGGAACUGCAUUGAGGGAGAUAUCAAUUCUGAAGAAGCUUAACCAUAGAAACAUCAUAAGCCUGGUGUCUACGAUACAUACGGACACAUUGCUAACAAUGGUGUUUCCAUUUAUAGACUAUGAACUAAAAAAGUACAUCGAGAUGAAUACAGGAAGGAAUAUAAUGGAGCUCAUUAACCAAUUGAUAUGCGGCGUGCAUUAUUUACACAGGAUGAAUGUUGUCCAUAGAGAUCUUAAGCCCCAGAAUAUUCUUGUCACAAGUGACGGUGUGCUUAAGAUAGCAGAUUUUGGACUAUCAAGAAGCCUAGAAAUAAGGGUACCACCAUACUCCAGUGAGGUGGUUACUUUAUGGUAUAGGUCUCCAGAAUUACUUAUGGGAAGCACCAGCUACCGGUUUUAUGUGGACAUAUGGAGUUUGGGAUGUAUAAUCUAUGAGAUGAUAACACUUGAGCCUCUUUUCCCUGGAGAAAGCAAGGAAAACCAACUAACUCUAAUCAGAAGAAAGGCAGGAACAAGAAGGUCUCUUAAGAAUGUUGUUGAGCAAAGUCUGGCAGCCCCAAAGUUUUUGAUAGAGAUCAUACUAAGAUGUCUCGACCUCAAUUACAACCAAAGGAUUACUGCAGAUGAAAUAAUAGGGAUUCUUGAAAAUGAAUAUGAAGCCCGGUGA